ACGGCUGCCUCCUCCAAUCGCGCUCCCAUCCCAGCCAAUGAGCGGAGAGGACGGCCGGGGGGCGGACUGCAGGCGAGCGGGUGACGGAAGGCGGCGCACGCGGCCUUUCCUUUCCUGCGGGCUGCGGAGCAGGCAGCACCAUGAAGGCGUCGGGCACCCUGCGGGAGUACAAGGUGGUCGGGCGAUGCCUGCCUACGCCGAAGUGCACGACUCCUCCUCUCUACCGGAUGCGGAUUUUCGCUCCGAACCAUGUUGUCGCCAAAUCCCGGUUCUGGUACUUCGUUUCUCAACUGAAGAAGAUGAAGAAGUCUUCUGGAGAGAUUGUGUACUGUGGCCAGGUGUAUGAGAAGUCCCCUCUGCGGGUAAAAAAUUUUGGUAUUUGGUUGCGCUAUGAUUCUCGUAGUGGAACUCACAACAUGUACAGGGAGUACAGGGAUUUGACCACGGCCGGUGCUGUCACUCAGUGCUACCGUGAUAUGGGAGCCCGUCAUCGUGCCCGUGCUCACUCUAUUCAGAUCAUGAAAGUUGAGGAAAUUGCUGCCAGCAAAUGCCGUAGACCAGCAGUCAAACAGUUCCACGAUUCUAAAAUCAAGUUCCCUCUGCCACACAGAGUUCUGCGUCGCCAGCACAAACCACGUUUCACCACCAAGAGACCAAAUACUUUCUUUUAAAUAUGAAAACAUGCUGUCAACUCUGUGUUGUAAUAAAGGUCUUGAACCAUU